AUGUUUCGUGCACGCACAUUUGAUUCUCCGGGUAUCAAUAUCAAUUCUUCAGCAAAAGCUCAGUGUAGAUUUACGGCAUAUUGGACUCGGGGACCUAUACGAGCAUGGAAUGCUACUACCUUUGAUUGGGAACGAGAGACGAAUGAGGAUUUAAUAAUAUUGAAACGAAUAAAGGAUUCUAAUAAUUUAACAUCAAAUUUCAUUAAUGAGUUAAGCGCGUAUCACAAAUUCAGCACAUGUGUUAGCAACGUCGUGCACUGUUUUGGUAUUUCGCGUUGUCCCUCCACAAGAGAGCUGAUUGUUGUUACAUCUUAUGCUCAUGAUGGAGAUCUUCGGAAAUUCCUCUCCAAAAACUUUGGUUCUUUUAACUGGAAACAAAAAAUCAUCACUCUUAAAGAUAUUGCAAGUGGAUUGGUGACCAUUCAUAAAGCCGGACUCCUACACAAAGAUUUACACACAGGAAACAUUUUGCGAAACGGUAGUUGGACAAUGAUAAGUGAUCUUGGUCUUUGCUGGAAUAACACUUCAGUUGCUAAAGAUGAUAAGACAAUCCAUGGCGUACUUCCCUAUGUGGCACCAGAAGUUUUACGCGGGCACACAUACACUCGAGCGGCUGAUGUUUACAGCAUCGGAAUGAUUAUGUAUGAACUAUGGUCUGGUAAACAACCAUUUGAGGAAAGAGAAUUCGAUGUGAAUUUAACAUUAGAUAUUUGCUCAGGAACCCGUCCUGAAAUUACUUCAGAAAUACCUGAUUACUAUUCCUUAAUAAUGCAAGCUUGCUGGAACGGAGAUCCAAAGAUGAGACCUACAUCUCGUGAUUUAGAAAAGACAUUUAACGCAUGGAUAGAAAGUAUCUCAAAACGACAAUUAUAUUGCCCGGAGAUGAAUUCUACCAAGAGAAAUGCAGACGUAAAUGAGAAAAUAAAAAAUGAUGAGUCUGCUACUAACUCAUCGAUUGAAAAUACUUCAAGUCAACCAAUUUCUCCUUUAUCUGAAGUUCAACAUAAAACUUUAGAAGAGCAGGAUAAACGUCAUGAAAUCCUUUAUCAAAAAUAUUAUAACCAACGUCGCAUUGAGCUUGCUGAGCAAGAAUCCAAAAAUAAAGAAAUUGAACCAAUGAAUCCAAUGACUUGGACAGGUGAACUCAAAAUACUUGCUGAUGAAAUAUUUGGCAAAUCAGGUAUUGAAAAUAAAUUGGAAUUUGUUGGGCCAGACUCUACCAGAGAAGCAUAUGAUAAACCAGAUGGAAUCCAAGGGGUGGUAAACGAUAGACUUGAUGGCAUAAUGACAGUGGAAAUAAGGCCUUUACGAUUUUUUACAAAAUUGCUUAUUUUGUUACAUCUUCAAAAUGUGAGUGAUUUAUAG